GGUAAAUUGGUACAGCAACGAUAAAAGUGAAGGGGGCAACGGAAAACCCUAGCAAUUUCACACUCACUACUCUUGUGGCCUGCGGGAGUCUCCAAGCCUUAAACCCCAAAUCACGUUAACGCCAGCCACUUGCAGAACAAAUAAAUCAAACCUUAAUACUUCUAACACAGAUAUGGUUUGGUUUCAAUGCGAAGAUUGUGGAGACAACCUCAAAAAACCCAAAUUACCCAAUCACUUCCGAUCAUGCUCCGCCACCAAGCUUUCAUGCAUUGAUUGUGGCCAAAUGUUUGGUCAAGACACAGUUCAGAACCACACACAGUGUAUUACUGAAGCGGAAAAGUAUGGUCCAAAAGGCCAAGGCAAAACUUUGAAUGCUGCAGCUGCCAAGCCUGUCAAAGAUGGAAAACAAAGGCCAGUAGUUGAUACUAAUGUGGGUUUAUCUCAACGUCCGCCGUGGUUCUGUAGUCUUUGCAAUACGAAAGCUACAAGUAAGCAAGCGCUUCUUCUCCAUGCUGAAGGAAAGAAACACGGGGCUAAAGCCCGAGCCUUCCAUGCUUCUCAGCAGCCACCAGUCCAGACGGAUAAACCUGCCCCUGAUGCAAAGGAUGCCGUGGAGACUGCUUCUAAUGGUACGGUGAAAGAUGACAAAAACGCAGAGCAGCCAAAAUUGCAAGAGUCUUCUGAACAAAAUAACUUGAAACCAGGGAGUGAAGUUUCCUCAGAAAAGAAAAAGAGGAAACUUGAAGCAUUAGAGGGUGGCCUUAUUAAAAAAUGCAAGAAUGUCACUUCAGUUGACACGGAAAAUGGUGAAGUAAUUCAGGGAGAGAAGGCAGCAGAGAAGAAAAUAAAAUGGAAGAAGUUUAUCAAAGCUGCCUUGAAAACUCAUUCUGAUGGAUUGAAGAUGAAGAAACUGAGAAAAGUUGUCCAUAAAGCACUGCAAGAAUCUGGUAUUGUAGUAAAUGAAAAUGAAUUGAGCGAGGCACUUGAGCAGAAGAUAAAUUCCAGCUCCAAAUUUGCAGUUGAGAACAAGUAUGUGCGAUUAGUGGCCAAAGAUUGAAUUUGAACCCGGUUGUUUGAGGUGUCAUGACUAAGAGUCUAUAAUUUUUGUCUGCUAUUGUUUGAUAAACAUUCAUCCCUCAAAAGUAUCUCAGAAAAUUUUGUAAACGAAUAAUUUAUUGCUGCUUCAUGCAAAAUUCAGUUAUCAUCUUGUAGAAAACCAAAGAAUAUUGAGAGAGAUUUGUUCGUCAGUAUGCUCAGUUACAAGCAAACAGUCACUGAAUUUUCUGAACAUUGAUGUGUAUGCUUUUAUGGGCAGUCGUAUUUGAGAGUAUAAUCUGAUUUUAUUAAUUGUCUUA